AUGCCUGUAGUCCCAGCUACUCGGGAGGCUAAGGCAGGAGAAUCGCUUGAACCCAGGAGGUGGAGGUUGCAGGGAGCCGAGAUCUCACCACUGCACUCCAGCCUGGGUGACAGAGCGAGAUUCCGUCUCAAAAAGUUGGAAUGUAGUGGUGCGAUCUUGGCUCACUGCAACAUCCACCUCACAGGUUCAACCCAUUCUCCUGUGUCAGCCUCCAGAGUAGCUAGGAUUACAGGUGCCCACCACUAUGCCCAGCUAAUUUUUGGUAUUUUUAGUAGAGACGGGGUUUCACCAUGUUGGCCAGGCUGGUCUCAAACUCCUGACCUCAGGUGA